AUGAUUUGCUUAACAGCUUUUAUUACUUCAUUUAUCUUGUGUCUGGCUAAAGCUGAAUCUGUGCUGCCAGAAAGGCCUGUAAUCAGCCCUAGAAUAUAUGGAGGUAGGGAAAUUUCUAUCCAGAAACUCGGGGGCUAUGCCGUACAGAUCUACCUACGGCAUAAGCUUAUAUGUGGCGGCACGUUGGUCAGCUCACGUUAUAUUGUGACAGCGGCUCACUGCUUCGCAGCCACUGCGGACUACACCAAAUAUCACGUAGUCGCCGGCGAGACGGAGUUAACAACGUACUUUCCAACAGAGGACUCGAAAAAUACCAUACUCAAGCUGAAGAUCCACCCGAGGUAUAAGAAAACAGAAUUCAUAGCCGACAUUGCCGUGGCCUCCCUAAGCAUACCCUAUGCAAAGCCCGCUGUCAACUACCUGCCGCUCUGUUCCCGGAAGCCGUCAUCCGGCGAUCGGGCCACCGUCUCCGGCUGGGGCGUAAGUGACUACUACAAGGACACGUUGCGCGUUUUGAAAGUGCCUCUAAUUGCCAAGGCGGAAUGCAACCAGAAGAUGCAACGCACUAUGCCCCAGAAUGUGCUCUGCGCAGCCGGCUACAACGGCCGCACCCUCUGCAACGGCGACUCCGGCGGAGCGCUGGUCAUCAACGGCGAGCUCUGCGGCAUCAGCACGUGGACUGCGCAGUGCGGCAAUCGCGUCAUGCCCGACGUCUUCAUGAGCGUCUAUUACUAUCGGGAUUUCAUUAAGGAAACCAUCGCUGAUAUGCGAAAACAUAAAUAA